AGCUCCCUCCCAAGGCAGGCACGAGUGCCACACGGAAGUCGCGGCACCACUUGCUUCACAUGAGACCUCUGAGACCUCGGGCGAAGGAGCUGGGGAAGGAAACCACAGCGUGAGAGAGCCCAGGAGCCUCCAGCCCAUCCUGCCCGCCAGCCCUUCCCUUAGGGAUCUGCCCCGAGGGGCUCCAGGAGAGAGGGGCACCGAGGAAGGCUCUCCGCUUCACCAUGCAGGAUGAAAUUCUGCUGACUCCCCGCAGGGAAUCUCCUGUGGAGGACAUGGACCCCUUUUCCUCCCCGAAUGAAGAGAGGUGGGACUUUGUCCUGGUGAGUGCCAUCCACGAAAUGGGCAGUGAGAAGGAGAUUAAGAGGAAGAAGUUCCUGGAUGAGCUGAACAAGAAGGGCUUCACCAUCAAGAAAAUUGAGGACACAAAGCUCUUUUAUGGAGUCCGUGCCCCGCAGCACAUCUUCUGGAAAUACCAGUGUUUCUUGGCGAACACCAACAGCAGGCAGCAAAACUCCAGUGCCAACCAGGACAUCCCAGUGACCACCAGGAUACGGGUUGUGCACUUCAUCCUGCAGAACACUGUGACAUCCGACUUAGAGAAGCUGCAUGACCUGAUGAAGAAGAAGGUGUUUGAGGCAGCCUUUCCCCUGCACAAGAACGAAGAGAUAAGGCAAAUACUAAAGAAGAAAUGGGCUCGCUGGAGGGUUAUAUUUAAGGAGCAGCCAAUUGAGGAGAUCAGGUGCUAUUUUGGAGAGAAGGUGGCCUUGUACUUUGCCUGGCUGGGCUGGUACACCUACCUGCUGAUUUUUGCUGCUGUGGCUGGGGUGGCAACCGUCGUAGCUGGGGCUACUGUUUUCAGUUCCAGCCAGGUGAGCAAGGAGAUCUGUGAUGCCAACGACACCAUCAUGUGCCCUCUCUGUGACCAGAAUUGCUCGUUCUGGCUCCUCUCCGACACCUGCACCUAUGCCAAGGUAACUCACAUGAUUGAUAAUGAGGCCACGGUGGUGUUUGCCAUGUUCAUGGCCAUCUGGGCCACUGUAUUCCUGGAGCUGUGGAAGAGGGAGAGAGCCACUGUGGCCACCGACUGGGACCUGUACGGGUGGGAUGAGGAAGAGGAGGAGCUGGCUCUGCACCUGAUCAAUAAUUCACAGCACGAGCCCCAGCUGUACCAGCACUCCUACUUCCGCAGCACCAUCGUCCUCAUCUUGGCUCUGCUGAUGAUCAUGGUGCUGAUUGGCAUCGCCCACGCACUCGUCAUCUACCGGGCGGUGGCCAUGGCCCUGUUCAUGCAGAGUGAAGUGAGCCUGCUGAGCAAGCACGCAGACACCAUCGCCAUGAUGACAGGGGCCGUGCUGCACUACCUCACCAUCGUCAUCAUGACCAAGGUCAACUGGCACGUGGCCCUCUUCCUCUGCAACCUGGAGAAACCACGAACCUUCUCCCAGAGGGAGAACAACUUCACUGUGAAGAUCUUCAUCUUCCAGUUCUUCACAAACUUCUCCUCACUCAUCUACAUCGCCUUCUUCCUGGGACGGAUCAAUGGCCACCCAGGGCACUACGUGCGCAUCGCUGGCCACUGGAGGCUGGAGGAGUGCCACCCCAGCGGCUGCAUCACCGACCUCUUCAUCCAGAUGGCUGUCAUCAUGGUGCUCAAGCAGACCAUCAGCAACAUCAUGGAGUAUCUUGUCCCAUGGAUAUCCCACCAGCUCCGGAAGAAGCAAAAGUCCCCCAGGAAGAGAAGUAUGAUGUUAGGGGAGGAGGAGGAGGCAGAGGACCCCUGCAAAAGGCAGUGGCUGAACAACUAUGAACUCAAUGAGGUCAAUGUCUUCAGCUUGUUCAACGAGUACUUGGAGAUAGUGAUCCAGUACAGCUUCACCACCAUCUUCGUGGCAGCCUUUCCCCUGGCCCCGCUGCUGGCCCUCAUCAACAACGUCAUCGAGAUCCACAUGGAUGCCAUCAAGAUGAUGCGGCUGCGCCGGCGCAUGGUGCCCAGGAAGGCCAAGGACAUCGGGAUCUGGCUGCAGGUCCUAGAGGCCAUCGGCAUCCUGGCUGUCAUUGGGAACGGGCUGGUGAUCGCCAUCACCUCUGACUUCAUCCCUGUGCAGGUCUACAAGUACAUGUACAGCCCCUGCACGAGGGAGAACCACACCAGCAUGGACUGCUCCACGGGGUACAUCAACAACAGCCUCUCCGUAUUCCGCAUCCACGACUUUGAGCCCCACACCAAGGUGUUCCCAGAAUUUAAUGGGGUCCAGAUCAAGACGUGCAGGUACCGGGAUUACCGGAAUGCUGAUGACUACACCUACACUGUCCAGUUCUGGCACAUCUUCGCAGCCAGGCUCGCCUUCCUCAUCCUCUUCGAGCAUGUGGCUCUGUGCGUGAAGCUGAUCGCAGCCUGGUACAUCCCUGAUGUCCCUCAGAAGGUCAAGAAUCUAAUUCUGAAGGAAAAACACAGCAAUCUCCAAAAUGAACUGAGGUGGGUGAUGCUCUGGAAGGUGCCAGGGAUUGACAGGUUUCAGCAUCCGUCUGCUCUGGAGCCCCUUUUCCUUCAGAAAAAGAUGAUCUCCAAGAUAAAACAAAAAGUGAUUUUGCUCAUGGAAGGGCUUUGCCCAGGUUUUCCGUCUAAACUUUGUUGAAAGAGAAAGGAUUAAGUAUUUCAGUGGGAAAGAGAACCAUUGUAGCUGCCCCAGUGCUGCUGUCCCAUACUGACUAAGCCAUGCUCUGGGAAGGGCUCAGCCUGACCCCCAUCCAUGGCCACCCUGUCCCAGCUGCCACCAUAAUCCUGAUGGGAGCAGAUAGCAGGGUUCAGGAAACACCUGUCGUGCUUUGACACUGGCCAAACUCCAGGCACCCACAAAAGCUGCUCACUUACUUUCCCCUGCCACAGCUGGGCAGAGGAGAGAAAAAAUUAACAAAGGGUUCAUG